UUAUUGGCUUAUAAAAUGGUUUGGACCCUUGGGAACAAGAAUAUGGUACUCAUUUUUCGAUAUUCGAAACCGUUCGUGCCCAUUUUUCACUUUUUUUCAAACACUGCAUUUUGGUAAAAUCACCCAAAAUGCUCUUUUUCCGCUUUUUUCCCUUCGGGCGGCCUUCAAUUUCAAUCCUGGCUGACGGCACGUUUGAAUCGCGCGCCGCGCUGGGCAGGGAGGUUGUGGAGGGGGUAGGGACGGCCAGGGCUCGGGUCUCGGCAGUCGGGGUGGCCCUCUCGGGCCAGUCGGGCGAGUGGUGGUGGGGGUAACAGGCUGCCUCCCCUCACCGCUUCCCCUCCCCCUCCUACCGCCUCACCCCUUCGGCCCACUCCCGUACCGCUGGCCGCGAGCAAAGUGGGCCUCUUAGCCAUCUCAAGAAGAAGAAGAAAAGUGACGGAAUCAGCUGGUCCUGGUAUCAACAAGGUGCCGCUGUAGUUGCACAACAAAUCUGACAGAAACUUUGGCAGCUAUUGAAGCAAACUUCAGCAGGAAUCAUGGAUGACGGUGACGGUGACACUCCGAGAAAGCGUCAGUCCGGCAAGCGUUUUGCUCAUGUUUUCAAGAAGAAGCAAUUCAGUGGGAAUCGUUUCACGAGAGCCCAGGAGGAGGCAGCCCGGCGUGAGGCAGAAGCCGCAGCUGCACGCCUCGCUGAGGAAGCAGCGAGGGCGAAUCAGCCUGUUGCCAGGCGAACCAGGAGAGGAGCUCGAGCUGCAGAGACGCCAACAACAACACCGGCAACGCCAACAACAACAACAACAACAACAGCUCCUACACCAACAACAUCUACUGCGACUCCAAGCACAAGCGAGCAGCCCGACCGUCCGUCGUCUGCUUCAUCAAACAAGCUGCGUCGCAGCGCUGACCCAGUUGUUCAAGAACAUCGCAAGAACUGGAGUGGCUUUAGAAUUUUUGACAGUGAUUUACUCUUCCAAGAGAUUGAAAGUGAAAUGGUGUGUCGUGUUUGUUAUGCAUCUAUGAAAUUUGAAGAAGUGUCACAGUGUGGUUUUAGUAGCAUUUUUCAUUUAAAAUUUUUGGGUUUGUUUAAGAAUUAUUGAGUUUAGAAACAGUGCAAUGAUCUCAUCAAAUUUUGCUGAAGUAAACCGUCGUUCGGUCUAUGCAUUCAAGAGCAUGGGUUUAGGAUAUGGACCGUACAAGGAAUUUUGCGCGCUCAUGGAUUUCCCUCAGCCAGUUGCCAAUUCAAUUUUUGACCGUGCAGUGACUGAAAUUCAGAAAGCUACCCAGAAAGUGGCUGAGGAGUCUAUGAAUCGAGAGCUCAAGAAGAAACAAAGCUACAGGAAGCAAAAAUGUGACAGCAAGUGGUGAUGGUAUUUGGCAGAAACGUGGAUUUAGUUCUUUGUUUGGUGUUGUGACUCUCAUUGGACUGAUUACUGGAAAAGUUCUUGACUUUUUUGUCCUACCCCUUGUGUGCAAAAUUUGUGAUGCAUAAAGGGGAAAAAGGAGGGCCCAGAAUACGAAGUGUGGUUGGAAAAUCACCAGCCAAAGUGCACGAAGAACCAUGAGGGGUCAUCCGGAAAAAUGGAGGUGGAUGGAAUGCUGCAGUUUUUCGGAAGAUCUGAAGAAGACAGAGGCAUUCGUUACACAAAAUAUUUUGGUGAUGGUGAUGCCAAAACCUUCAAAGCUUUUUCUGAUGACAAGCCCUAUGAUGAAGAAAUAGAGAAGGUGGAAUGCACUGCACAUGUUCAAAAGAGAAUGGGGCCCGGCAAGGAAACUCAAAAAAGAUUUGAAAUCUACAAAACUUAAAGAUGGAAAAGUAAUUGGUGGAAGAGGCCGUCUGACUGACAAAGUCAUUGACCCGAUAUCUGUUUACUAUGGAAUUGCCAUCAGAUCAUCUAACACAGUGGAAGAAAUGUGCACAAAAGUGUGGGCAACUUACCACCACAUGUCAUCCACCGAUCAGAAGCCCGCUCACCCGUUUGUCCGAAAGGGCCCGACUCUUGGUGCACCUACCAAAAAGCUGUUUCUGCCAAAACAGUAAGAAACUACAAGCACAAAGUAGGGGUACCUCUUGUUGUCAUGGAAGCUUGCAAGAAAAAUUUUUUAAGAUUUUACCCAAA